GCCAAUUCUAUGAAAAUUCUGUAUAUACAGUCAGCAUUCAGAGAUAGAAAAAUAAAAAAAGGAAAAGUUAGGGUUUAUAACUAAUUAUUCUUUAUUCAUCGUUUUUUUACAAAGUUAUCAAAUUAUGGAAAAAUUAUAUAGCUUCUCUCAUUUAAUUUGUCACCGGCAACAUUGGCCGCCGCAACCGUUGAAGCACUUCGUCGAGAGGAAGCCCCUCUACCUCAUCGAUGUCCGGGAUCCACGACGCCCCCCGGUACACAUACCGGGUAAGACGCCGUAGGAAGGCCGGUGGCGCCUUCACCUGCCGCAAGCUGGCCUCCCAGUCCAUAUUGUCCGUGAAUAGUUGAGCGUCCUCUGCGGUGGCUGGGCCCGGCUCUACAAUCAGUUUCGGAAUGGGUAGAUAUCCUCGGAAUGCCGCUCACAGAAGCGCCAAGUUAGUCCACGCUAAUCUGGUGGUUUUAAUUCCGCGCCAAUUGCGCGUACAGGGAUACCUAAAAGAAGAAGUCCCUGGUAGGAUAUACCCUACAUUAAUUGGACAGCGGCUGUAUCUUACCUUUACCAGGACUUUCUGACAAAUUCUGUACGUGCCGUCGGCAAGGAAUUACAACUCGAGACUUGAGCGGUAGAUUAAACUUACUUUAUUUACACAAAAGCUUAAAUAGUACCCUACUGGUAACUCAGAGCGAAAGGCUUUUCCCCUUCGAUCCGGUCACCACAUACCUAGCUGUUCUAUACUGGCCUAUGGCAUUUCUUGGCCUGUCUCUUUCUCGUGCUUAACUUUUAGUACAUUUUGGACAUUCUGAUUGAGAGCGCCAUAACAUGUGUUUCCAAACACGUGCGCCAGCGUAAGCGCUAAGAACCCGCGCGUGAGCAUGGGCGACGCUACCGUUUGUCGAGUUCUUUUUGUUUAUUCAAUGCCUCGGUAGCUUUAGUGACUAUUCAUCGCGGAAGGCAAAGUGUUUUCGCCAACGCUGGCAUAGCAGAACCGUUCGCGGUCUUUUUCUCAAGAUUUUUCCGGUUUUCUUUACAAAUGGUCUUGUUUUGGUGGACAACGGCAGACGACCGUGUCCCGGUUUUACACUCUAUCUGUUUUCAUUUCAUUCAACAGAAGGCUUACUUUCUUUCGGACUAAGCUAAAAUGUACCGUAUGACAAAAUCCUGCGUGACGGAACAUGAGGUAUUUCUGCGCGGGGUGUGAUAAAAUACCUGUUUUCCUAACACGCGGCUUUUGAAAUUCUUGCAGUUGUUCCGUUUGUCGCAGCUUAUGUAAGUGAAAGGUUAGGCCCUUGCAAGAAAACUCUUUUUUCUUCGCAAUGACAUCUCGAAACCAACUCUUUCUUCCACUUCAAUAAACAAUUGUUGAACCGAGUUCCUUCUGCUGACCGACCUACUGAGAUGAAUGUUAUUUUUGUUUCCUAUUUACGUAAUAUACUACGAAAAUCAAGCAAUACACGGAAUCUUUCAGUUAGUGCUCAAAUGUCCAAAGAGCUCACCCAUUGUCUUGAGCUUUUUGAGGUCAAAAAAUAUAAUAAUAAAUAUAGCUUUGAGACGUUAGAGUCUAAACUUUUCUAUGUUACUACUCUCGGGCAUCCGGUAGCCAUCUUGGGUUUAUGCUAAGGAUUUCUAGUCUUUUCGCUUAAAACAAGUAGGACGAUACGAAUGUUACGCUAGGGGGAAGGUUCCUUUAUUUGCACUUUUGCUAGGGAUUUUAAGCCUUUUCGCUUAACAUUAGCAGGACGACGACACGAAUGUUGCGUUUCUUUGAAGUACUUAAUUUGUUGGAUGCGCAACUCUUAGAUAAGCAAAUUUUUGAAAUUUGAAAUCCAUUUUCGAAUAAGAUUUUUUUGAUGCGCAUGUGUUUGCCAUCAACUCUAUUAAAUAUGCUAACUCAAGGUUCGCUUUUAAAAAAAUAAAUAACUAGAUAAACAUAAUUGUCGGGAUGUGCCGAAAACCAGAUUUGAGAGCAGACUCAAGAUUGUCAGUUUGGUUCGUUGUUCUAAGUCCAUGGAUUGAUUGGUCACAUGGUCUCUCGACAAAUACAUUUUGAAUCAAAAACAAAUAAAAUAAAUUAGCAAUAUUUUGGUUUUUCAAUAGGCACCCAGCUUCAUUUUAAAAGCUGUGUGGUGCGUUAUUAUCCCUCGGUAGUUGAUACAAGCAGUCUUCCUGUUAAUGUUGGCAUAAGUUUCAGGGAAUACGUGUGUAGGGAUUAGGGUGGUUAAAAUCCAGAGGCUUCAUUCGUUGCUUUAAGGGUUACCGAAGUUUUGCUUGUUUUCAUGGUUGUCACUAGUGUUUCCAUUUCUAGGGUGUAUGAUAGUUGCUCGAUUUCUUUGGUCUUUUCCUAUUUUUCCCUAGUUGUGAUAGGACAUCUUCUCGAUGUAGAAUUCUUUUACCAAUGAGAUAUUGAAUAAUGUUGGGGAGACUAUUUUUCUCUUCUCAGUUGAUUUAAAAUCGGGCUUCUCCCAAUCGAUCGCCGAGGCGCACCCGAAACAGCGCUUUCAACCCCAUAGGGCCAAUUUGAAAUUGCGAGAAUGCCUAUGGGAUUGAAGAACAUUCCUUUGAUAUUUUUUGCAAGCAGUAAUGGAAGACUAAAUCCCACCGCUGUCACCAUGACUGUAGGGGGCACCGGACGCUUUACCAGGAACUUGUGAUUUUUUGCGGAACAAAAGUGAACACAAGAAAUACUGUGCGCAUGGUCACUCGAUACAAAAAUGUCUUCGUUUUUGCAUUAUAGCUGUAUGUAUUUUAAGGGUUCUUACUACGUCAAACGAAGGUACGGGAAUCCUUGCGGGUAAUGUGAGGGAAUUGUAACAUUACACUUAACAACCAUAAUACCAAAGCUAACUAGAACAAGAUAUUCCAUAUGUUAGAACUUCCAUAUUUUUCAUCCAUAUUUUUAGAACUUCCAUAUUUUUCAUACAUUUUGAAUACGACCUAUUUCCGACGGUUAGUGCUGCCAUCUGAUGACUUAAAUUCUCAUAAAAUUGUCACUAUGAGCAAAAUCGAUUUUACGUGCAUAGUCCGUCAUCGAUCGUUAAGCUGUUCAAGAUUGUAUAUGAAAAAGGUGUAGCAGUUUGACCAGCUCGACGCUUGAGAUAACAUGCAGAUUAAUUAUAUUGUCAUUUUUUGCACUUAAUGCUAUUGCCAUUGUUGCGGAGUAACGCACCAAGACCACUGGAGUGGUGUAAGCAGACGGUGUAGCGCGACGCACUGUCAUGGUGAUAAGGAGAUUGACAGAUGACAGGAAAAAGAAAUAAGGAAGAAGACGAGAAAAAGUGGCAGUAGUGUGGAAACUAGUUAGCAGAAGAAUUUACAAGAAUUUAUCUAUAAUUAAUCUAUAAAUGAGAAUCACGAGAAGAGAAAAGUAGCUCAAAGUUUAUAGUGAAAGUAUACAGGAUUGGCGAGAGGAAGAAAUUUAUUAGCGGUAGUUAAGGUCAGAGAAAUCACACAAAUAUUAAGCUCCGAUUUAACCAAUAUUCGGAGGCAAACGACAACGUGAUUGGCGUAAGGCUAUAAUUGCAAUUGCGGAAUUUAUUAAUUAAAUAAAUAAUUUAUAGUAACGGCAAGUCCAUCCAGAACGGACUGAGCAGGGUAGUUGCGGUAAAAGUGGGAAUCCUGAAAAACAAGUAGAACAGUAAGCAGAAUAUAAUGAAAUAAUAUAGUUUAACCUUAAAACAAUGAAACCUAUCGUAGCUGGUGCAGGUGUUUAAUAAUUGUUGAAACAUCAGAGUAUCGGUCGUCAGGAGAAAUAAAGACCAAUCUUUAGCAGAUCGUUGAGAAAUUUUCGACGGCUCAAAAGAUCUUUAUCACAUCCCAACAUUCUAAAAGAUUGAGGCUCUGUGUUUCUACAAUUCAACCACUAUGCCGAAGUCGCACUGCCAGGCUUGUGUUGAGGCAGACACCGAGAAGAUGGUUAGCUGCUGCCAGUGUAAUACUUGGUGGCAUUAUGAGUGCGCCGAUGUGAACGAUAGUAUUGCUGGUGAGGAUCGAACGUUCUAUUGUUCCUUAUGCCAGCGACCGUCGCCGUCGAUACCGAUGGAUUCGGUACAACACCAAACUGAUAGUUGCAGCCGUGCAGGCAGCAAAACUGGUAGCGAUAUGGGAAGGUCAUCAUGCGGCUCAAAGGCGAAAUGGGCCCAGUUUAAACUGGACCGACUUGCGGCCAUGAAAGAGAUCGCUUUUAAGCGACUAGAUUUGGCUCGGCGAGAACAGGAGCAACAACAUGAGCAUCUUCGAUUGCAGGUGGAGCAAGAAAUCUUUGAAGAAACUUUCCGACUGCGGGAAGAGAUCGAAUUGGACGAUGACGACGACGGCCGUAGAAGCACAACUACGGAACAAAGUAGCCGCAGUAAAGUGGUGAGAUGGCAAAAACAGCAACAUAACGCCAUAGAUGCCACGACGGAUACGUCAACGCCAAGGGACAAUGCAGAUCAUCCGAUAGUGAACAAGGGGUCAACAGUUGCCGAAACACAUACUGGGCAGGGUGGCAAGCAGACACCACCAGUAAAUAAACAGCGUGUUUUACAGAGAGCGUUGGCAGGUAUUUCGCUAAAUGAUUCAGCCAUAGGGCCCACGUUAAGAAGUAUUCUCGAUCAAUCAGGAAGCGCGAAAGCGCCUGUAGGAAAUAGUAGUCAAAUAGUUUCAGCUUUAACUACUUUACCUUGUAAAUCCAAUACUAAUCGUCCAAUAUUAUCUGCAACUGGAAAUUUGAAUUCCAACACUCAAAAUAAAUUAAAUAUUCCUUCGACUUUCGUUAAUGAGCCGCGUGUCAAUUCAUUGUUAAGCGAAUUGAGCAAAAUGUGUAGUGGUAUUCCCACAGCGGCCACCGAUAUUUUUCGUGACAGGAUUUCGGAACGAUCCGGAAAUUUGGAUAGGCAUGAUGCUAAUUUGCCAGUAGCAGGGUCAACGUCAGGAGCACUACCAACAUCUUUACCGCAAUGGACACAGGAUGGCGCAGAAGAUGCAGCACCGGAACAACCGUGGGAAGGCCCAACACCGAGACAGAUAGCGGCUAGGCAUGUGAUGGCUAAAGAGUUACCUACGUUUACGGGUAGAGCGGAAGAAUGGCCGAUGUUCAUCAGCUCUUUCGUCAAUACCACUCAAGCGUGUGGGUAUUCGAACGCAGAAAAUUUGUCAAGGCUACAGAAGUGCUUGAAGGGAAAUGCGCUUACUCACGUUCAGAGCUUAUUGUUGCAUCCGGAAGGCGUGCCGCAUGUACUGACCCAAUUGGAACAACUAUACGGACGCCCUGAGCUGCUGAUACAUACGUUGUUGCAGAAGAUUCGCGAAGUUCAGUCACCGAAAGACGGUGAUCCCGAAUCAUUGGUCGCGUUUGGAUUGAUGGUGCAGAAUUUGUGCAAUCACAUGAUUGCUGCCAGGCAAGAGGCACAUAUCAACAAUCCCGAACUGCUGCACACUCUCAUAAGCAAACUGCCGGUUAAUUGGCGGAUGGAUUGGUCGCUGUACCAGGAACGGUGCACGGUUGUGAAUAUACAAACUUUCUCACAGUAUAUGCAAGUGCUAGUUAGAGCUGGUUUGAACGCGUCACUGUAUAGUGAUCAGAAAACCAAUCAUCAGAGAAUAAAAGACAAAGGUAUUAAAGGUAAAGACUUUUGCGGGGCACACACUACCGAAGAGUCACCGAAAUCUCCUGAAAAGGAGAUGGUUGAAAAGCAAAGCUCCUCCUCCAGGCCUACAUGUCUGGUGUGCAAUAAUCCGGAACAUCGCGUCAAACACUGUCCUGAUUUCGCAAAGCUGGAACUGGAGGAACGUUGGAAACUGAUCCAACGUUUUGGAUUAUGCCGAAGUUGUUUGGGAGCCCACGGGAGGCGACCAUGUCAGAUUCGAAAGUACUGCGACGUAGAUGGAUGUCAGCGAAGACAUCAUAAAUUGCUACACGAUCGGAAGUUUCAUAGCGGAGCAAAGCCGAAUUCUAAUUCAGAUAAAAGGACUCCCAAGCAGGACAGCAAUGCGAACAAGAAGGAGGUAACGCGAAAUCUGACCGAUAAAGGGAACAGUUCGAAUGCCGUAACAAACCAUCAUUCCGCUGGUCAAGCGGCACUAUUUCGUAUCAUACCAGUGACUUUAUAUGGGAACAACCGAUCUGUGCUGGCAUACGCUUUUCUGGACGACGGGUCGUCUAGGACACUAGUUGACGAGGCCAUCGUGAAGCAACUAGGCGUGAGUGGGGAGACACAACCUUUGUGUCUGCAAUGGACAGCCAACAUGAAGCGCACAGAAUCCGAUUCUCAGCGUAUUACGCUGGAAAUAGCUGGGUGUGCUAAUGAGAGCAAGUAUAAACUAACUGACGUACGAACGGUUACCAAGUUGGAUCUACCCAAACAGUCUUUGCGCUACAAGGAAAUGGUGAAAGCUUAUCCUUAUCUAAAAGGAUUACCUGUUGAAGACUACGACAAAGCAACGCCAUGUAUCCUUAUUGGUAACGACAACGCUCAUGUAACAGCGACAUUGAAAAUGCGUGAUGGACAGCCAGGAGAACCUAUUGCCGCUAAAUCGCGGCUAGGAUGGACUGUAUAUGGUUUCAAUCAAGAUUCAUCUGUCGGACGUGCUCAUAGCUUCCACAUAUGCGAGUGCAAGAAACAGGAUCAAUCCGUACACGAACUAGUAGAGAAGUUUUUCGCGGUUGAGAGUCUCGGUAUAAUGGAAGUAUCGUGCCCAGAGUCAGCUGACGUACAACGUGCGAAUCAGAUUCUGCAGGGAACGAUCAGGCGAGUCGGGCAGCGUUUUGAAAUCGGCUUGCUGUGGAGAUUUGACCACUUUGAAUUCCCGGACAGUUACCCGAUGGCGGUGCGACGCUUGCAAUGUUUGGAACGGCGGAUCCAAAGCGAUCCUGUGAUAGGUGAAAGCGUAAAGAGACAGAUGGUCGAGUAUCAAGAAAAAGGAUACAUCCAUAAGGCGACAGAAGCAGAACUCCAGGAGGCGGAUAUGCGACGUGCGUGGUAUCUACCACUCGGUAUAGUUUUGAACCCUAAGAAGCCGAACAAAGUUCGUAUAUUCUGUGACGCAGCAGCCAAAGUGGACGGCGUAUCGCUGAAUACAAUGUUGAUGAAAGGGCCAGAUUUGCUAAAUACGUUGCUGGGAGUACUGUAUGGGUUCCGCGAAAAACGCAUCGCCUUUUCUGCCGAUUUGAAAGAAAUGUUUCACCAAAUUCUGGUGCGUAAAGAAGAUCGGCACGCUCAAAGGCUGCUUUGGCGAGAGGACUCAACGCAAGCUCCGGAGGUCUUUGUGAUGAACGUGGUUACCUUUGGAGCAGCUUGCUCCCCAUGUUUGGCACAAUAUGUGAAGAAUAAAAACGCGCAAGAACACGCCUAUAAAUAUCCAGCCGCUUCGGAUGCCAUCAUCCGGAAACAUUAUGUUGACGACUACCUCGAUAGUGCGGACGAUGUUGAAGAAGCAGUAAAGUUGGCACUAGAAGUUAAAUACGUUCACAAACUUGGAGGUUUUGAAUUGCGGAACUGGUUGUCCAACUCAAAAGAGGUACUCGCACGUGUCGGGGAAAACGAUCCAUCCAAGGAAAAAUGUCUACAGCUGGACAUAGGAGAGGCGGCUGAGCGUGUGCUUGGAAUGUUUUGGAAACCGGAGCAGGAUAUUAUAACAUACUCUACGGAAUUGGCUGUAGCUUCGGAGCGUCCCACCAAACGACAAGCGCUGCGCGUAGUGAUGAGUCCAUUCGACCCUGCUGGACUAUUGUGUUAUUUUCUGAUUCAUGGCAAAAUAUUGAUCCAAGAGUUGUGGAGAGCCAAGACCGAGUGGGACGAAUUAAUUCCAGAGAACCUGUGUGAGAGAUGGUGGAGAUGGACUGAUUUGUUCCGCUAUCUGGACAAAAUCAAAAUACCGCGUUGCUAUUUUCCUGCUCGUUCAACGCAAGAGAUCGUGACAUUACAGCUACAUAUCUUUGUUGAUGCGAGUGAGGAGGCAUAUGCGUGCGUAGGUUAUUUACGAGCUAUUUUCCCUGGCAGCAUCGAAGUGGCUUUAGUCGGAGGAAAAUCGAAAGUGGCACCGCUGAAGGCACACUCGAUCCCGCGAUUGGAGCUGAUGGCAGCGGUUAUCGGUGUUCGGCUGAUGAAAAUAGUGUUGAAGAGCCACUCCCUACGGAUUGAGCGCACGGUUCUAUGGAGCGAUUCCAAAACCGUUCUGGCAUGGAUAAAUUCAGACCAUCGCAAUUAUCGACAAUUCGUCGCAUGCCGAGUGGGAGAAAUCCUAUGCAAGUCCCAGGCGGAACAAUGGCGUUGGGUGCCGACCAAAGAGAAUAUUGCAGACGAGGCGACGAAAUGGGGAAAAGGUCCCUGUAUGUCUCCCACGGGACGGUGGUUCUUGGGACCGGAGUUCUUGCAUCUAACAGAAGGUGAAUGGCCAGUUUCGGUGCAAUCAACUGAUGCCAAAACGGAGGAAGAAUUACGCGCAUGCAUGAUUCAUCAAGAUGUUAUCAAGCGAGAAAACAUGCAUUGGGAAAAUUUUUCAAAAUGGAAUCGCUUAAAUCGUGCGGUGGCAUAUAUGCUUCGGAUCAUAAGACUCAUGCGGGAGAAAAAAGGAAAGCGCACAACAAGAGAGUUGGAGCGUGUUAAGGCGAUACUACAGGGAAAACAAUGGAGCUUGCUGCAGUUCGAUCCGCUCGAGCAGGAAGAAAUGCAGUUGGCAGAGACUACCAUUUUUCGCUGGGUGCAGAGAGAGCAGUAUCCCGAUGAGUCAGUGACUCUAUUCCACAAUCGUGGUGAGCAGAACAGACGACAGGUUAAACUGGAGAGAACUAGUCCCAUCCGCAAAGCUUCUCCGUUCAUGGAUGAGUGUGGAAUUAUUCGAUCGGAUGGCAGGAUAGCAGCAGCAACAUGUGUCACGUUUUCAACGAAGUUUCCGAUUAUCCUUCCGAAACAGCACUGGGUAACGUAUUUGAUUUGUGACUGGUAUCAUCAGAAACACUAUCAUGCAAACCGAGAGACUAUAGUGAAUGAGAUGAGGCAGCGGUUUCACAUUUCGGAGCUCAGAGCAUUAGUAAGAAUGUGUGCGAAGAAAUGCCAGGUUUGCAAGGUUAAAAAUCCGAUAGCGGCAGUGCCUCGAGAGGCACCGCUUCCCGCAGCAAGAUUGCAGGCGUACGUGCGUCCGUUCUCAUAUGUAGGCGUGGAUUAUUUUGGGCCACUCGAAGUACGUGUUAAUCGUAGUCACGUCAAAAGGUGGGUGGCUUUGUUCACCUGCAUGACGGUACGAGCAAUCCACCUGGAAGUUGUACACACGCUUUCUACUGAAUCUUUCAAAAUGGCACUCCGCCGCUUCAUCAGUGCACGUGGGGCUCCUGUUGAGAUCCGUAGUGACCAGGGUACAAAUUUUGUAGGGGCAAAUAACGAGUUAAGGAGAAAACUUAAAAACAUCAACGAGCAGCUUUGUGAAACGUUUACUAAUGUAGAAACCAAGUGGAUCUUCAACCCACCCGGUGCACCUCAUAUGGGUGGCGCAUGGGAGAGAUUGGUGCGGUCGGUAAAAUGUGCUUUGGCUGCCAUGGAUACCACUAGAAAACCGAACGAAGAGACUUUGGCGACGUUGGUGAAAGAAGUGGAGAGUUUGAUAAACUCCAGGCCGCUCACAUACAUCCCGUUGGAAGUUGGGGAACAAGAAGCUCUCACGCCAAACCACUUCCUUCUUCUGAGCUCGAGUGGUGUGGUGCAAACUCCGAAAUCGUUGACAGAUAUGAAGCAAGCAAGUCGGUCCGAGUGGAACAAAUGCCAGGUGAUGAUUGAUCAGUUCUGGCGUCGCUGGGUACGCGAAUAUCUUCCGACUAUAGCUCGGAGAACCAAAUGGUUUGAAGAAACCAAGCCUAUAGAGGUAGGAGAUCUGGUUGUCGCACUGGAAGAGAAAGUACGCAACGGAUGGAUGCGAGGACGAGUGGUGAAAAUCAUUAAAGGACGUGAUGGUCGCGUAAGAACGGCAGUAAUUCAAACGAGUCACAACACGUUCAUGGAAAGACCGGUAGCUAAAUUGGCGCGGUUAGACAUUGGAGUUGGUGGUAAAGCAGAUCCGGAGGCCUGACCAGCUUUACGGGUCGGGGAAUGUUGCGGAGUAACGCACCAAGACCACUGGAGUGGUGUAAGCAGACGGUGUAGCGCGACGCACUGUCAUGGUGAUAAGGAGAUUGACAGAUGACAGGAAAAAGAAAUAAGGAAGAAGACGAGAAAAAGUGGCAGUAGUGUGGAAACUAGUUAGCAGAAGAAUUUACAAGAAUUUAUCUAUAAUUAAUCUAUAAAUGAGAAUCACGAGAAGAGAAAAGUAGCUCAAAGUUUAUAGUGAAAGUAUACAGGAUUGGCGAGAGGAAGAAAUUUAUUAGCGGUAGUUAAGGUCAGAGAAAUCACACAAAUAUUAAGCUCCGAUUUAACCAAUAUUCGGAGGCAAACGACAACGUGAUUGGCGUAAGGCUAUAAUUGCAAUUGCGGAAUUUAUUAAUUAAAUAAAUAAUUUAUAGUAACGGCAAGUCCAUCCAGAACGGACUGAGCAGGGUAGUUGCGGUAAAAGUGGGAAUCCUGAAAAACAAGUAGAACAGUAAGCAGAAUAUAAUGAAAUAAUAUAGUUUAACCUUAAAACAAUGAAACCUAUCGUAGCUGGUGCAGGUGUUUAAUAAUUGUUGAAACAUCAGAGUAUCGGUCGUCAGGAGAAAUAAAGACCAAUGUAAGAUAUCCUAGUUUUAUAGUAUAUAUGAAUACUAAUGAAAAAUAUAGCUUUAGCAGAUCGUUGAGAAAUUUUCGACGGCUCAAAAGAUCUUUAUCACAUCCCAACAGCCAUAUUUUUUGCACUUCAAAGUACGAAAGAAAAGUAUGAAGUUGACUGUCAGAAAGGGAGUUUAUAUUGAGGAAUUAUAUUUAUUUUCAGGUCUCAUUCUACCAAAACUUAAAGUUUGAUAUGUCGCAAACCAGGUUUCAGAACCAUUGUGCAUAUGAUCAGGUUCACCGGGAUACCCGAUUUUUGCUUUAUUAACCUCGGCAGGAGUAGAAAACUUAGCUCCAAGCGGUUAUCAGGAAGUUCUGAUGGUACGCUUAAUUUUAAAUGAUGCGCCGAUAAUUCUUGAUUUUUCCGGAAAGUUUCAUGUUUGAGAACUACACAUUCGUACACAUUAUUAUCAUUUUUCGGAUGGCAGCACCGUACAGUCGUCCAUGGACACUGAAAAAAUUGCUUCACCUUUCAGCAGCCAUGUCUUGGCCUUGUCGUCAGUUGAUUUUGACGUUUUUUUCUAUCUCUGUAUGCCUGAAGGGCACUGGGUACUGAAAUGCCAUUGCGACAUUCUUGCUGAUUGUCUUUUGUGGCGGGCCCCGAUUGCUGUGCACAGGUUACGGAUUUUUCGCACUCAUUGAUGGAGUAGAACUGUUUUGUUGUAAACCUGUACCCCAAUUAGGUACAACAUAGUUGAUGAAACUAAUGGCCUGCUUGGGAUUGGAGCUCCAUGCUUGGUAUGGAGUUAAAAGGUAACUUCCUAAGAAGUUGUACCUAGAGGAAGCAAGAGCUUCGCAAGAGCAAAGCAAAUGCUCUGAACUCUCUGGUUCAGAUUUGCAGAAUCAGCAGGUGUCGUUCAACACUACGCCGAUUUUCUUUAAAUGAUAAAAAGCGGGACAGUGUCCGGUGAGGAGUCCCGUGAUUAUCCGUAGAUCACUACGAUUUAGACUAAGUAGCUUUCUGGCGGUUCCAGGGUUCGGAUAGAUAAACUGUUUGCCUUGUCUACAACCCUGUGCCUGUUGCCAUUGGGAUACUAUUUCUAGCCUUUCCCAAGUUAAUAGUUCGCUUUUGAUAGCGGAAAUGGACGUACCCAGAAACGGCUCGGGACCAGUAAACCGCUGAGCUGAUCCCUGUCUUGCUAGGUAGUCAGCGUGUUCAUUACCCUCGACUCCGCAGUGUCCGGGCACCCAAAACAGAAAAACUGAAUUCUGUCGGGAAAGUUCCCGUAGAGUUUCAAUGCAUUCCCAAACAAGUUUGGAAGCGCAUUUGACGGACUUAAGUGCUAGUAGUGCUGCUUGACUGUCCGAGAAUAUACCGAUUUUCGUAUGUCUGUAGUUGCGUUGCAGACAUAUUUUUGCGCAGAUAUAUAUGGCAUAUACCUCUGCUUGAAAAAUGGUGGGCCAUUUUCCCAGGGAAAACGUUUCCCUGAUACCGGGUCCGUAUAUACCAGAUCCCGUUAGGGAUCCCAUUUUCGAGCCGUCCGUAUAAAAAUUGACGAUGCCAGGUGGAAGAUUAGGCCCUCCAUUGUUCCACAUAGAACGGUUUGUUUCAAUCACUCUCUAUGGAAUAUCCAUGUUGGUCCUAACGUCCAUCCAGUCGGAGACUGUGGUUAAUAGCGGAGUUAGUUUGAACUCCCUAAGUAUGCGAAGGUGGCCGAUUUGGUCCCCUUCAAGUAUGGUUUUCCUCCUUUGCAACCUUAGAGCGCCAAGCUCUGCUUCCUUUUUCACAUGAAGAUGUAGAGGUAGUAGGCAAAGCAUAGCUUCCAUGGCUGCAGUUGGAGUUGUUCGCAUAGCGCUGGUAACCGAAAGACAUGCAAGUCUUUGAACUUUUUUGAGUUUGGCUUGCGCAGUCACUUCGUUCACCUUAGGCCACCACACUAGGGCAGCAUAGGUGAUUCUUGGUCGGGCAAUGGUCUUGUAAGACCAGAGUGCCAAGUCUGGUUUUAGUCCCCAGGUCUUACCGAACAGAGUUCUGCAGGCCCAGAUCGCUGAGAUCGCUUUCUUAGCGGCAUGAUCCAGUUGUGCAGACCAGUUCAGUUUCUUGUCCAAAAUAAUUCCGAGAUAUUUGACUUCAUUGCUGAAACCCAGUCUAACUCCAUUCAGUAUUGGAGGAGUGAUGGAGAUCGUCCUUCGUCUGCCGAAUGGAAUUAGGACUGUUUUUAAGGGGUUUAUGUUUAGACCCUCCUGUAGACACCUUGACAUGGUGGUGUUCAGAGCCGUUUGCAUUCGGCUCGACAGAGUUGCGUCAUCUUUACCUCUGACGAUGAGGACGAUGUCAUCGGCGUAUCCAAUGACCUCGUAACCAAGCUGUGAAAGCUUGUUGAGAAGUGCGUCGACAACUAGUGACCAUAACAAGGGCGAGAGAACUCCUCCUUGCGGGCACCCCUUGACCACUGACAUUGUUACAGACGAAUCUCCCAAGGUUGCUGUGAUCACUCUGCUAGAGAGCAUUGCGUGUAUCCAGUUCCUUGAAGUUUGGUCGAUUCCCUUAUUAGAAAGAGCCGUAUCGAUUGAUGCAAAGGACGUGUUAUCGAAGGCCCCUUCAAUAUCAAGAAAGGCACAUAGCGCCGUCUCCUGAUAACUUAGGGACUUUUCAAUCAACGUCACUAAGCUGUGAAGAGUAGUUUCUGUUGACUUGCCGCUUUGAUAGGCAUGUUGGUUCCUGUUCAGCGGGGAGUCUUUAAGAAACUCGUCACGGAUAUAUUUAUCCAUUACUUUCUCCAUCAACUUAAGAAGCGUUGAAGUCAGACUUAUGGGUCUGAAAGUUUUAGGUAGGGUUUUGUCCUUUCUUCCAACUUUGGGGAUAAACACUACCUUCACCUUCAGCCAGUUAUCCGGAAUAUGGCCCAGGAUAAAGCUGGCUCUGAAGAGGUUGAUGAGUUCGGACAUGAUAACUGCGGCCGAUUUUUGUAGAAAGAUGGGUAGUAUGCCGUCUGGACCAGGAGACUUCAUAGGGUCGAAUGAGCUUAGAGCCCAACCUAUUGAAGCUUCCGUGAACAGUCGACGGGCCAGCAGGAUGGACUCCCGAGACGCCAUAUGUCUCGAAUUGUCCUGCCGCGACCCAUCACUAUUCAGUUCUUCGGUCUCUGUCGAUCCAGGAAAGUGGGUGUUUAUAAGAACCUCCAGCGUUUCCUUGGUAGUGACAGUGAGGCAUCCAUCCUCUUUCCUCACCUGUCCUAAACCGUUAGUAUGGUCUUUGGACAUCGCCUUUAGGAGCCGCGUAGCUUCCGGCAGAGUUUGGAUUCUUUCACAGAAACUAACUCUGGAUUUCCGUUUAGCCUUGCGUAGCUCGGCGUUGUACUUAGUGAGGGACGCCCUGUAGUCGUCCCAGUUAGACGUGACUUUCGCCCUGUUGAACAACCGCCUAGUUUCCCGACGAAGGUCACUAAGUUGAUCAUUCCACCAAGGUACGUCACGGCAUACUGACCGCUGUGUUAGUGGACAGUUAGCGUCGAAAGCAUCCGAAAGCAUCCGAUUCUGUUUUGUAGAUCAUUUGCUGCCGAAUUCAGGUCAACUGAAUUUCGAAUGAUGCUGUAACUGAAAGUUCGUGAAUCGAUCAGGUGUCCCUUAAAUGAUUCCCAAUCUGUAUUCUUAGGAUUUCUGAACAGCUCUCUUUUCAGAGGGUUAGCCUCUAUAUUAAAAACGAUGUGUCUGUGGUCCGACAAACUAGUUUCAUCGGAGACAUGCCAAUUUUUAAUCCUUUCAGAAAUCGAGGCGCUACACAGAGUGAGAUCAAGGACCUCCUGUCUGAUAGCGUUGAUAAACGUGGGGUUAUUCCCUACAUUACAUACAUUGACAUCGUUAGAAGUAAGGUAUUCAAGUAGGUACUCACCCCUGGUGUUGGUGUCCGAGCUGCCCCAGAUCGUGUGGUGAGCGUUGGCAUCGCAGCCGAUCAGAAACGGCUUGUUGAUGGCCUUGCAGUACCGCACGAACGCAGCAACUUCGGGUGGCGGUAUAUCACCUUGGUCGCCGGGAAGUAGGCCGACGCGACAACCAUUUCCUGCUUUCCUCUGGUUGUCGGUACUUCAACCGUGACGGCAACGACGUCGCGUUGGAUAAAUUCUGUAAUAGGUAAAAAAUUUAGUUCUCUAUUUAGCAGAAUUGCAGUCCUUGGUUUGGACUGCGUGUCACAGUAGAUUAACCUACCGUUAGGAGCGUUAAGUCCGAGAACUUUGGAUUCGUUGAUCCACGGCUCCUGGAUGAAAGCAGCCGCUAGCUGCUCUUUGGCGAAUCUCCUGCAAAGAACACCCGAGGCGCCUUUUGCGUGAUGGAGAUUCGCUUGCACGCAGCGAAAGCUGCUCACAUUGCAGUGAAGUUGCCGUCUUUGUCCGGAUCGGAAGAUGAUCCUGGUAUUGGCUGACGGCUGCCAACAGCGGUUUGGCUGGUUGAUGGAAGUUGCUCUUCCUCACUGUUCGGCUUCGGUUGCAGCAGUCGAUUGGCAACAGAAGGUCGUCGCGCACACUGUGGCGGUUUUUGACUCCGGGGGGUGCGACUUUCCGGUGGUUGAUACUUCACACUCUUGCGAGUCUUCGGCGGAACCGUCCGAGCAGCCGCGGGGUUGCGUUGUUUGGGUGGUGACAGGGCACUCACGGGGGAGCAUCCUGCGCGUACCUUCCCAAUCGCAGGGUUGCGUUUGGGUGGUUGUGGGGCACUCCCGGAGGAGUUUCCCACGCGAACCUUUAGCCCAUUCGCAGGAUCGCUUUGCCUGGGUGGUGGCAGAGUACUCCCGGAGGAGUUACCCGCACGUACCUUCCCUGACAUUGCGACGGAGUCUUUCCUGCCUGUGACGUUCGGCCUUCCGCUUACCUUUCGGACGCGUGCUUUGCCGAAACCGUAGUGCAGUUCAUUAUUUCUACUCUCAACGAGUUUGGCCGAUUCUUCGUCAAUAUCCAGAACUAGUUCGACCAAGGUCUUUACCAAUUUGCGGUUACAGACUCGCCACAUUUUGGUAGAGAGAUGGUCGUUCUGAUUCUGGAGUGAACGAAGAAUCUUCUCGUCCGGAGAGUUCGCACUGUUCGUGAAGUAACCGACAUACCGUCUGGCCUUCGGCAGAUCCUUCAUGUGGUAUACACAAAGUUGUGCUCCCUCCCAUGGUACGAGAGAAGGUGUGUAGGUAUACCUGUAUCCUGGGUAUAACCUACCAGGGCUUUCUCCAGAAAACCCUGUACGCGCAAUUGGCGCGGAAUUAAUACACACAGAUUAACGUGGACUAACUGACUUUAUUUUCGUACAUCACUACUUAAAUAUACCCUACCGGUAACUCAGAGAGAGAGACUUUCUCCACUCUCUGUUUACCUUACUAAUCUCUUAACCUAAUCUAGUACUGCUAAAGUACGGGCGGCGUUUUGUUUACAACACAAAACUUGUUUAUUUUGGUUGAGUUUGUUUGCCGGUGGCACAGCAGAAGGCUGCGCGAAGUUCUUUGCCACCUGUGGCAUAAUCUGUUGAUACAUAGAGUGUUGACAGAGCCGUUCGCGGUCCUCUGUCAAGGGAACCAAAUGUUUCGCCUGACUAAAGCAUAGCAGAAGGCUAUGGCCUCCUAGGAACAACAUUUAACUUUAAUUAUAAGGCUCGUGACGGAGCAUUGGGUUCUUCGCAGGGUGUGACGUCACACCCGGUGCAUUCCAGGGACUAGUGCUGGGCCUAAUAAUUCCCUGCACCCUCAUUUCCUCGAUUUCUUUAUUAAUGUGUCGUUUCUUGGCCUCCGGAAAUCUAUAUUGUCGUUUAUUAAUAGGCACCUCCGAUGAAGUUUCUAUCGUGUGUACGGCGGCGUCAGUAGUAGUUAACUUGUCGCCCUCGAAAAAGAAUAUAUCCGCAUAGCUUUCGACCAUAUUCUUCACUGUCCUGAAUUCUCUAUCAGGCAAGUGCGCCAAAUUCAGCACUUGCCGUAGUUUUUCAAUUCUUGCAUUUCCUUUUGACUCUGGUGUCAGCUUGUGCUCCAACAGGUCAUAGUCAAGCCUCGAGUCUAGGUCCAACUCGGGCAUUAUAGUAUUCUUCGAGUCAAGAAAAUUGUUCUUCGGCUCUUCAUUUCGAUAUGUUUGGUGCUCUCUAUUUAUUUCGUUUUUGUCUACGUCAGCCUCAUUGCGGACUGUGUUGCUAGUAUCUCGCAACUCGUUCUGCACCAUAACUCUAUUUCUGGCUGCCACAUAAACAUGUUGACUAAGGACUUCGUCUUUGGGCAUACUCCACGGACUCAAGUCGUCCGGACUUCUGUUUCCGUGUUUCUUGAACACUAUGUAAUCAAAAUUAUUUCCUAUUUGAAGCGUAUGCUUCUUUAAGAAUUCUGCGCCGAUUAAUCCGUCGCUUGGCAAAUUUUCUAAUAUAUGAAAUUGCGUCGGGAUCAAAAAGUCUCCGACUAUUAAAUCCAACAUAAUUGUAUCUGAGGUACGCACAAUGUCUUGGCCGAUACCUCCAAAAGUGGUUACGUCCUGUGUAUUUACCGGCACAUUCAAAAGAUUCACAAUGCGUGCAUUAAUUAUAUUCGCACAUGCACCUGUAUCUAAGAUCAGGUUCAACGUAAAUUUGACAUUCUGCUUAGCCAGUAGGGUUAACAUUAAGUGCCCUCUGACAUCGUAAUAUACUCGCUUAGCCACACAAGCACUGUUGUCUCUUAUGUGAUUGCAUGCGGUCCUCCAAUCGGCUAUUUCUAUAUUGCUGGGCUCAUCGGUACAUCUCCGCCAGUCAACAUCUUCGCAAAUUUCUGCUAAAUCCUCGUUAAAAUAUUCCUGUGCAACAGGAUCCAAAAUACCUUCUUUUUGCGAAUUACUACUUCUUUCAUUAAUGUUGGCUACCAUAAGCAUUUUCUGAGGCAUCCGGGUAUACGAAUUCCUGUACCUCCUAUCAGUUGGUCCAUUUUGACCGUAAUAAUUAUAUUUCCAACCAGUGGCGUAGCCCCUUUGACUCCGCCGACAUGAACGUGCGGUGCGAUAACUGUAAUUGUAUCGAUUACCGUCGCUAGAUCUACAUAUAUUGUCAUAAUUGUUUUGCUUGUAGAUUAUUCUAUCCCUAUUUUUGUGAUUAUAAUAUUCAUUUCUUCCCAGGCGGCUGUUGCUACAAUUAGCGUCUUCGUAAUUAAUUGUGAAAAUAUUUCUGCUACCAUCAAAUUGUCUAAGCGCAUCGCGCUGUCUUUCGACCUAUUCUAGGCCCUGUAUUCUGUUUUCUAUUUCCGCGAUGUGAUAACGCUCAUGGUAGUAAUCCUCUAAGUCGUCUAGCAGCUCUUCUAACUUCAAUGCUCGUUUACCUUGAGCAGCUUCUUUCAAUGCGGUGUCACACAAACCCGCCAUAAAAUGUAAUCGAAGACUAACUAUCAUGCAUGACUUCGUACAAUUAGUUUCGUAGGAGUCGAUUUGCUCCUUAAUUUUCAAUAUCCUCUUUUUAUAAUCAGGAAAGGUCUCAUUCGCCUCCUGUUUCAAUGUUUCUUCUUGAUUUAUAACUGCCUCGAUGCGUAUAAUAUCCCCAAAUUCCUUUAAUAAAUUCUGCUUAACCUGUGGCCAAGCAUUUGCGUUAAUUCUAUGUAUUGCGGCAGCAGCUCUGCCUUUUAGUUUCAAUAGAAUAAUAUAAACCAGUGGAGCGUGUGAUACUCCUUCUGGUAUCUCCUGAGCAAAAUGCUCGAUAUGAUAAACGAACGCUUCUAGUCCGUCUAGCGAUCCAUCAAAUUCUGGGAUGCACUGCAUGGCAUCUGCUUUUGGAAACGUGUUCAUUAUGAAUAUAAAAUUUUAUAUAUAUUUCUUGGAAAAAAAAAUAAAAGGUACUGCGGAAUAAAUACUAUAAGGGCAGAAUAAAUACUACUACAAUAAAAGGCUUAUGUAGCCUUCUUCCUCUUUUUCCUAGGUAUCACUAACGAUUCUGUUGACCAGAUGUGAUAACGUAGCGUGACCGACUCUAAUUUCUUCGUCGCGCCAUCAAAAAAUCUGAACACCAAGUUUCGAACCAUUUGGUGUUAAAGCUUCAAUGUUUAUUUCUGUUAAUCAAUCAAACAUUUAUUUGAAUAAUAUUUUUACCCCAACAUGUCUGAGAUAAAAUAGUCAUUUUUUAUAGUGUAAUUGAAUCAAUUUUACAACUAAUCUAAAAUUGUAAAUGUUCAAAUUAGCUGGCGUUAAGAGCUGUUUCAUAAGAAUAUUGCAACAUCUGUCUCCUUACGACAACAUUCAUCAUAACAUAUUUUUGCUGUCUGUUAACAUUUCCCCCCGGCGGAUAUUUAAUUGUAUCGCCGCGCGCGUUGCGCUUAUUGAUUUACUUUUUUCUUUGACCUACUAAACAUUUCACCGCUACUGAAUCGUUUUGCUUAUGCCAGCAGCACGAUCUACCAAUGGCCAUUAAAAUUACUGCAUACAAACCGCGACCUUGACCUUGCCUGGCACAGCUGAUCGCAAUAACACUGUAAAAUACGUCACCUAUUCAACCUGGUGGCAUAAGAACGGGACGACAAGCAUUCUAGCAUAUGCUACUAUACUGUAUAAGUAAAGACGCGAGCCUCCGCGUCUCACGCUCUUUUUAUAUCGCUAACGAUAGCGUAGCUCCCAAUUUUCAUACUUGCUGUAUGGCUACCAGUGGGCUAAAACUCUUUUUCAGAACAAUUAAGGUGAGUUCCAUGUGCGUAACUCUGUCUGUUUGCGUUCUACAAUUCGUCUUUGCCAUCGGUGUUGCCGCAGGCACUGCUAUUUAAUUAGUCAGGUCGUGCAAAUGUCAACUAGUUUAUUUCGCUGGUACGGAGUCACAUUAUUUUUGGGCGAAAUGAAUGAACCUUUUUUUGUUAUAGAGAAGAAAAUCAAGAACUUACCGGUUGAAAUUUAUCUUCCUGUUGCGACAGAUUCGUCUGAAAAAAAAAAAAAACAAAUACAUCGAGUUCGCGUAAUGUUAGAUUUCCUCCAACACUUUUUCACACUUUUUACACACUGGUAAAGAAAAUCCUUAUUACACACAACAACAGCUUCGCACUUGUGUUCUUGUCCAUUUUUAAUAAUUUUUCACUUCGUCUUUACUCGUAUUAUUAUUGUACAAUUGUUUACUUGAUCAUAUUAUUUUUCUUCCUCUUGUUUUAUGUUGCUUCUUUAUCACUAUAAACCACUUUAACUUUUUUUUUCUUCAAGCGCGAACCAAAUUUGUUUUAAACACUAAAAAAGUUUGUAGCCAAUGUUCUUCCUCACUAUUUUUUUGCUGUUUUUUUUCCUGUUUCGCGUGCACAAUUUUUUUCUCUAACACUUUUAGUUCUCGUUGCACAAUAUCCACUCUCGUUCAACGUCACACAAUUUAUACUUCGAACUAUUUUAUCGCGCUUUUUACCGUUAUCGAACACUACUUAUACUUAAGCUUCUUUUGACUUUAUAUUACCUCGCGUGGUCCGUUUCCUUUUCUAGAAACCAAAUCCCACCGCUGUCACCACAUGUGUAGGUAUACCUGUAUCCUGGGUAUAAUUUACCAGGACUUUCUCCAGAAAACCCUGUACGCGCAAUUGGCGCGGAAUUAAUACACACAGAAUAACGUGGACUAACUGACUUUAUUUUCGUACAUCACUACUUAAAUAUACCCUACCGGUAACUCAGAGAGAGAGACUUUCUCCACUCUCUGUUUACCUUACUAAUCUCUUAACCUAGUUUCGUACUGCUAAAGUACGGGCGGCGUUUUGUUUACAACACAAAACUUGUUUAUUUUGGUUGAGUUUGUUUGCCGGUGGCACAGCAGAAGGCUGCGCGAAGUUCUUUGCCACCUGUGGCAUAAUCUGUUGAUACAUAGAGUGUUGACAGAGCCGUUCGCGGUCCUCUGUCAAGGGAACCAAAUGUUUCGCCUGACUAAAGCAUUUAACUUUAAUUAUAAGGCUCGUGACGGAGCAUUGGGUUCUUCGCAGGGUGUGACGUCACAAAGGUACCUCCCUUUCCAACCAUUGCACUGUGUCGUUGCCGGCACAGGCAAGUUGCAGGAAGCCAUUUUUUAGAUGGCAACCGUUAAACUUGGGCUUGGUAGUUGGAUUAUCCUGGUCCGUAAUGUGAUCGAGGAUGGAGGUCCGGACAGCCUGAAGCUGGUCCAUUGUGAGUAGGGAGCUGGGGUGGGUAGCAGAAGUAACCGCAAGGCUUAUAGCUCCCACCAUGUCCCUAUAUGUGGCCUUCGGGAGCGGCUUCGAACCCGAUGACCCCAAACCAGUGCCGUUCCGCAGUUUUUUAGGCUGUGGACACUUAGUACUGGUGUUUGGGGACACCAAGUCGUCCGACCGCUGUCGCUUGACGGCAACUUGGUUCGAUUGAGCAGGCUGCUCUGUUGGAAGGAGGGCCAGCUUCCUGGCUUCUUCGUACGAGAGACCGGAGCGAAGAUUUUUGCUCAGUCGCCGCCUUUGCGCAUUUGAAAGUCGCUUGACAAGGGGUGCCGAUGAUUCGGGUUUCCCUUCGUCAUCGGGCCUUGUCUGUGGACCGGAAACUAAGUCCAUUUGACUUUCGUCAUUCCCUUGUGGAGAAAGUAGGAUUAAGGAUGAAGCAGAGGGUCCUCCGUCCAGCGAUUCGCUGUCGAGGUUGAAAUCAUCCUCAUGCUCCAUCUCCUCCGUUCUGCCCGGUGCAUUUGUUUUUAUUGGACUACGCUCCGAUGAGUCCAUGGGUUCCGGCAAAGAAAGGCUGCCGGUGGCCGAAUUUUGUGAAGUUUUGUCGUUCAUAAAAUUCCCACGAGUCGCUGGGUAAAGAAGAGUCCGCUGCAUCAGUGACCCGCGUGAUGCAGUAAGGGCUAAUUACUGUGAAGGGUGCCCUGGCACUCCACAGGCUCCGUUAGAGGCUGGGUAUUUCUUAACCACCCCCCCCCCCACCACGUCAUCCAUCGGCACGGGUCGCAUAACACCUUAGCUUAGGGGUUUUAACCAUUGGAUUUUACGCAACAGCCAUGGUUAAGAGCUGUUGCAACCAUCCUCCUUUACAGGGGCUUUGGACCCUCUGCUACAGUUCUCAAUAAUUCAAGUCUAUUCGUAAAGGCUAAACUGAACCAAGAGAAUCGUAACAGGCGGAGUUGAUUGAUUUUGACGUUAAGUAUACAUCAUAUUAACAGUGUAUAAAUUAGUUCGACUUUUGCUCACGCGCAGCGACAAUCAUGUCCGAUGAAUUCUGCAAGAGUCAGGUAUCUUGUUCUAGUCAUCUUUGAUAAUACGCAACAUGUAACAUUUACCACAAUUACUUUUGGUGGCUAAAAAUAACCACGCUCCACCAUCUUAAAUUCUAAGAUGCGAUCAAUGAAUCCCUCUCGGUGUCUAGUGUCACGACACUUAUUUCUGAUGAUUUCCUGUUAUUUCUGUAUCACUUUUAUGACGAGGUCCAACUUGAAAACACAGUAGAAUAAGUUAUAAUAACUCAUCUAGGAGUUUUAUUCAAAAAAAGGCGGCACAAUAUAUGGUGUACUUGAAAUGAUUAUCACAAACGCUACCAAAACUUUCAGAUCCAGUUUUAUCAAGAGAGGUAUUUCACAUUUUUCGUAACACAAUGCCGAGUAUUGGAAAAUAGUUCAUAAACUACGCUUGAAUUGCUUGGAAGUAUUUGUAUAUAGCAAAAGUCUACCUAAAAGUUAGGUUUGUUCUAACUAGUGCUAAAGAAUAUUUAUAAAGGAGAAAUAUCAAAUUUUGCAAGUAUUAAGAUAAAAAUAGGUAAGAAAUAUUGUAUUUUAUAUUUUCAUAUUCCAUAUUAACGAAGUCUCAUUCCAUUAUGCUUAACAUUCUGAUUGAUAAAAAUUAUUUAGAUAAGCGCCUAGGUUGCAAAGGUGUCAAAGGUGUUUGUGUUAAAAAUGUCAAAAUCACUAUCA